AUGGAUCGCGCGCAGCUGCUCCUUGUCGGACUCCCGGCCUUCCUCUUCUUCUCCGACCUCACUCACAUCUUUGCGCCGCCGCCUCCCCACCUCCGCCACCCCAUCACCACCCUCCUCACCACCACCACCCGCAUCCGCCGCACCAUCCCCACCCGCCUCACCACCACCCGCACCCGCACCCGCCGCACCACCACCAGCACCCCGACCCUUCUGCGGCAAUCAUACAGGAGCCACGUGUGGAUGGGGCUGGAUUCGGCAGCACAGUGGAGCUGCAAUUCUGUGCCUCCUGCUCGUACAAUUGUCACACCUAUUCACUGCUACCACCAGUGA